AUGAGAUCUCUUCCAGCUGUCAGAUGUACUCCUGCACGACCCUUUUUACACAGCGGCGUGGAUUAUGCUGGUCCAAUAAAUAUAAGAACAUCAAAGUGUCGUGGUCACCACGCUUAUAAAGGUUACAUUUGUGUAUUUGUCUGUAUGGUGACGCGCGCCAUACAUUUAGAAGCUGUCAGUGAUUUGAGCACACAAGGUUUUUUAUCAGCUUUCAGACGAUUCGUUUCGAGACGUGGAUAUUGUUCUCAAAUUUGGAGUGACAAUGGCACCAACUUUGUGGGAGCUGCUCGAGAAUUGAAUGAACUUAAGUCAAUUCAGCAAUCGGUUGCUGAACAGGUUGAAGCUGAGGGGACCCAAUGGCACUUUAUACCACCUCAUGCACCACAUUUCGGAGGUUUGUGGGAAGCUGCGGUCAAAUCUGCAAAGCACCACUUGAAAAGAGUGAUUGGAGAUUCAACCUUAAUCUUUGAGGAGAUUAUCACGCUGCUCUAUCAGAUAGAGGCUUGUCUGAACUCCAGACCAAUGACAAUUAUUAAUGAUGAUUUAUCUGAUCCUAUGCCUCUAACUCCUGGUCACUUCUUAAUAGGCGAACCACUAAUAAGUAUUCCAGACGAUAAUUACGAACAUACAUAUAUAAGUUCACUAACUCGGUGGCAACUUGUCCAAAAAAUGACACAGAAUUUCUGGCGUCGGUGUUCACAAGAAUACUUGUCAAACUUGUUACAUAGAUAUAAAUGGACUUACCAAGUUCCAGAAUCUAAUAUCGGGGAUGUAGUGUUAGUUAAGGAGAACGAUUUACCACCAUGUCGUUGGUUACUUGGUCGGAUUAUCGAAAAACAUCCUGGUCCUGAUCAAAUAACCCGAAUAGUUAUAUUACGAACCAAAUCAUCAAUAGUUAAAAGACCUACCUCUAAGAUCUGUGUAUUACCUAUUAGUACUUAG